AUGCGGAUGGACUCCAAGUUCUUCGACUAUGAUGACUUGGUGCAGUCUGAACAGCUCCACCCUCCCAAGAAACCAACUCGCCACCCGCGAAGAGUGGCUGCGGCUGCGGCUGCAACGAACCCAAGUUUCCUGACGAAGGCGUCUCACGACACUACCAGGACACCACCAACCAGCAUCCAUUUGGCUAUUCUUCGGAACGCAACAGCUGAGCAGACCGAGUCAGUCAGUUCGCCAGCUACCUCAGUACGCGGCCGACUUCUCCUAGCCAAGGAAUGUGUCGGCGGCAGAACCAAGCUGUCAAUGAAACGCAACGCCAUCAUGCAAGCACCAUCCGACAACGGCUUUGUUAACCGGCCCCUCCCCCGCAACAGUCAACCACGUGGUGAACAUGUAUGUUGGCGAGGAGUCAGUCCCCGAGAUGAGGCUUGA